UUUAUUCAUUAUAACACUCGCCUGGACGAGCAUCAAUGGACGAGAAACAACCACUGAUCAUACAACCUCAUCGGUCAAAGACAUCAACAUCAAAAUGUUUUGUUCCAUGUCGAUAUGUUCUGGCUAUUCUGAGUUUCUGGGGAAUGAGCGUGACGUACUCUCUUCGAGUGAAUCUCAGUAUUGCUCUUGUUGCAAUGGUAAACUCGACGUUUGCUAAUGCUAACGCUGAUUUGAAUAAACCAGAAUGUGAAGGCGAUGGGAAUACCAAAACACACAACAAGGAUGGUGAGUUUGAAUGGGAUCAAGAGACACAAGGUAUGAUUCUCGCCGCAUUUUUCUAUGGUUACAUUGUUACUCAAAUACCAGGAGGCUGGCUGGCCUCAAGGUUUGGUGGUAAGCAUUUGUUUGGUCUGGGGAUCCUGUGUACAUCAGUCUUGACUCUAUUGACUCCAUGGGUUGCACAUCGAGGUGUUGGUGCUUUUGUAGCUCUAAGACUUCUAGAGGGACUUGGGGAGGGAAUGGCGUUCCCGUCCAUCAAUGCAUUGUGGAGUAGUUGGGCUCCUCCACUAGAGCGUAGUAAGCUGGUAUCCAUUACAUUUUCAGGUUCAAGAAUAGGGACUAUUCUAGCUUUGGGUAUAUCAGGGUUUCUUUGUGACUCGGACGUUACGGGUGGAUGGCCUUCAGUUUUUUAUUUGUUUGGCGCCCAGGGAAUAUUAUGGUUUAUAGUGUGGACGAUCUUUAUCCACGAGAAACCUGCUGAACAUCCACGAAUAUCAAUAGAAGAAAAGCAAUAUAUUUUGAAGUCACUAGGAUCCACACACGAUGUUCAACGCAAGGCUCAUUCUGCACCAUGGUUAUCAAUUCUUACCUCACGCGCUGUAUGGGCAAUAUUUAUAGUAAACUUYAGCACGAGCUGGGGCUUUUACAUCUUUCUCACAACACUGCCAAUGUAUUUUCAACAAGUUCUCAAUAUUGAMAUAGCUAAGAACGGUGUGGUAUCAGCCAUUCCUAAUGCAUUGGCCUAUGUGUUUAUCAUGGUAUCUGGUGUCAUGGCCGACUGGCUGCAGAAAUCAAAMAUAUCAACCACCGCUGAAGUUAGGAAGAUCUUCACUCUUGCUGGUCUUCUCCCUCCCGCGUUUCUGUUGGUCGCCAAUAGCUAUGCAGGAUGUAACGACAAAACUCUGUCUAUCAUAAUAUUCUCUAUAGCUGUUGGUCUAAACGGGCUGACGGCGUCAGGAUUUCUUGUUAAUCAUCUUGACAUCGCUCCAAGGUAUGCUGGUCUCUUAGUUGGCUUAUCGAAUACCGUUGGGACGUUAGCUGGGAUUACUGCACCAUACGUCACGGGGUGGAUUAUCAAUAACCAGCCAACUCGUCGUCAAUGGCAAAAGGUUUUCUAUCUUGCUGCUGCCAUCUACAUCAUUGGUUCCUUAACGUUUUUAUUGUUAGGAACAGCCAAUCAACAAUCGUGGAAUACGCCUAAAGAAGAUGAAGAA